CAAAUCACAACUCUUGCAUAUGGUGAAGCUUCCUUGAUAACCGUACAAAUUCGGAAGAAUCCGAGUCCCACCGAUCUCUUUGUUUGCACACUCGACAACACCAAACAACCCAAAAGCCUGCAAAUUCGUGGCUUCCAUGAAAAUGACAAAGGAAGGAGAAGGAAGAAGAAAGACGAAAACAGAGGACGUGAGGGCGAAGGAAAACAGAGGAAGGAGAAAAAGAAAAGAUCAAAACUUUAAGCAACAAUUUCCCUCUAAGCAGUAGUUUAGAGUAGUGGGUUGGUACGGAUGUAGUGCUUUUUUGUCAGUCUCAAGUUGAAUCCUCUCCUCAUUGCACGAACAAUAAGGAGGAGGAGGGUUCACUUCACCUCCCCACUUUCUUUCUCCGCCCCCAACAUUUUCAGGUUCUCUCUUUUGCUCCUUCCAUCGGAUUUCGCCAUGGCGACGGCGAAGACAACCCUGAAAGCAGGGACAAGGCCGCCGUGGGUGGGUCUCGGGGCGGCGGCCUGGGUCCAAAUCGCAGCGGGGAAUGCUUACAACUUCCCGCUUUACUCCCAUUCCUUGAAAUCCGUGCUGGGUUUCAACCAGCAGCAGCUUUCCAUGCUUGGAGUGGCCAAUGAUAUCGGCGAGAACGUUGGGGUUAUCCCUGGAAUCGCCUGCAAUUACUUGCCUCCGUGGGUUAUUCUCCUCGUCGGAUCUUUGGCUUGCUUCUUUGGCUAUGGCGUCCUCUGGCUCUCCCUUAGCCGCACCGUUGAGUCCUUGCCCUACUGGGUGCUCUGGCUAGCACUAUGCGUUGCUACAAACAGCAGUGCAUGGUUAAGCACAGCGGUGCUAGUGACUAACAUGAGGAACUUCCCUCUCAGCCGAGGUACAGUCGCUGGCAUUCUGAAAGGCUACGGAGGAAUCAGUGCAGCGGUAUUCACCGAAAUCUUCAACAUCUUGCUCAAUGGAUCCUCCUCCAAGCUCCUCAUGUUCCUUGCAGUUGGGACUCCUAUCCUGUGUUUUGCAGUGAUGUACUUUGUGAGAGCUUGUACUCAAUCAUCUGGUGAUGACCCUUCUGAAAAUUCUCAUUUCCUCUUCAUCCAAGGAGCUCUUGUGGUGCUUGGAGUAUAUGUCCUGGCGAGCACUAUACUUGAUCACUUGCUGAACCUGAACCCUGUGGUUUGUUACACUAUUCUGGCGAUACUGUUCGCGCUCCUUCUGGCUCCUCUUGCUGUUCCCAUUAAAAUGACUGUUGUUCGAAUGAGGAGUAGCAAAUCAGUGUCCAUCGGCGAGCGGGUGUCCUCUACUGACUCCUUGGUGCAAGGGGAUGGGAGCUUGGAGAAAGCUGAGCCGUUGCUGAUGAAGACGUCUUCGUCCACAACCAUAAGUGAGAGCUUUAGGGAAUGCUACGAUGGAUCUGAGGUGGCAAUGCUUCUAGCUGAGGGGGAAGGAGCAAUAAAGAAGAAGAGGAAGCCUAGAAGGGGGGAGGAUUUCAGUUUCAGUGAAGCUGUAGUGAAAGCUGAUUUCUGGCUCAUAUUCUUUGUUUAUUUUGUGGGAGUUGGCUCUGGCGUGACCGUGCUCAACAACCUGGCUCAGAUAGGGAUUGCACAAGGAAUGCAUGAUACCACGAUCCUAUUGUCUCUCUUCAGCUUCUGCAAUUUUGCAGGGCGUCUUGGUGGAGGCGCGAUCUCUGAACAUUUCGUAAGGACGAGAACAAUCCCUCGAACAGUAUGGAUCACAUGUGCUCAAGCACUGAUGGUUGCAACAUACCUCCUCUAUGCAUCUGCCAUAGACGGAACUCUCUACAUAGCAACUGCACUGCUCGGUAUCUGCUACGGUGUUCAAUUCUCUGUCAUGCUCCCGACAGUGUCGGAGCUUUUCGGGCUGAAGCACUUCGGUAUCUUCUACAACUUCAUUGCACUAGGGAACCCUAUCGGCGCAUUCCUCUUCUCGGGCCUCCUAGCAGCAUACGUGUAUGAUACCGAGGCAGCCAAGCAGCGCGGAUCGAAUAGUAUGUUGCACAGUUCCGGUUUCUCUUGCUUGGGUCCAGACUGCUUCAGGCUAACCUUCUUGGUUCUAGCUGGUGCCUCUGCCUUCAGCUCCAUCGUGAGCUUCGUACUAACCUUGAGGAUCAAGCCAGUUUACGAGACCCUUUAUGCUGGCGGCUCAUUCAGGCUUCCUCGGACUUCUGAUGAUCAGUAACAGGGGUUGUUUGUUGUUGUAGAAGGAGCGAGUAGGUGGCUGAAGGUCUUAUUUUUGGAUGACCUAAGGAAGCAGCAUAUAUAUGCGUGUAAGAUUUGACUAUUUGUAACACUGAACCUGGCCCUUGCGCUUUGUUUAGCUAGGAUGGCAAACCUUUGUUGUAAUCUGGGUGGCUGCAUAAACUGUGAUGCAGCAUCCUUUGAAUUUGAUGUGUUGUGUUCUAACUAUUGGACAACUAUGUGUCAUUAGACGAAUUCGACACACUUUGUGGUUUGCGAUUAUGAGGGGUGUCUGUCUGGAUAUGUUGUAUUAAGGUAAACGGGGUGCAGGAGCCACACUUUAGCUGUAUACCUACUCGAUAACUUUAUGAGUGUUUGAUUCAAAGCAUUCAUGCAAAAUACCAGAGAG